CCGCAUGAUGCACACCGCUCCCUUUCUCCAAUCUCAGUAACGCAGUCACGGUUACCCGUAGGAAUCCUGACUUGCGAGUCUGGCCCGCUCAGCCGGAAGGGUUCGGCUGAGAAAUCUCCCGCAUGAUCGCAUUUCCAAGUCUGCUUCUCUCGUCGUUCUCGAUCUCGCCAUGGGCGGUCGCAGAGGGAAGCAAUCCGAUAUAUUCUCCACUGUUGUCAUCCAUGGAGACGAUGGUUCGGAUCCCGAAAUCGCCUCCGUACCGAGUCAUGGCCCCUCAAUGGGCACCGUCGGUGACGACGGCGAUGAGGUGGACGCCUCAUCCCUGCCCCCUCUUCUCCAGCGUCUCCCAAAGGACUUUGACGAUGCCGCAGGUUACGACGACGACUAUGAAGAAGACAUGGGCGCUUCCUCGGAAUUAUCCGGCACCUUCAUCGUUAAGCAGGAUCGCCCCUCGGCUUCACCUCAUUCUGCUCGCCGGCCGCUUCGAUCUCCUUUUUUUGAUUUCAACCGUUCGAGUCCCAGGGCUAGGUCGGAGCCCGAUGACGCCUACUCGACCUUUGUGGUCCGAUCGACUACUAGGUCGAGGGGAGCUCUAAGCCCUAGGGAGACCUUGUCGGGUACAUUCGUGAGGAAGACUGGCCUCGACGGAGCGGGAUUCGGUUCGUCCUUUAUGAGCGAGGCAGGGGAGAGCAUGAAGGCGGCCUCGGAAGGGGAUGAGGGCAGACUGCAUGAGCCGGGACAGCAUUUGAAAAGGAGGGCUUCUGUUAGCUCGGUUCCAGACUCCGUUAACCGAGAGGAUCCAACCACCAAAUAUGAGCUACUUCAUGAACUCGGUAAAGGCUCAUACGGUGCUGUUUACAAAGCCAGGGAUUUAAAGACUUCAGAGCUUGUUGCCAUUAAAGUUAUUUCAUUGACUGAAGGGGAAGAAGGAUAUGAUGAAAUUCGGGGUGAAAUUGAGAUGCUGCAGCAGUGUAGUCAUCCAAAUGUUGUGCGCUACUUUGGAAGUUAUCAAGGAGAAGAAUACCUUUGGAUAGUAAUGGAAUACUGUGGGGGCGGCAGUGUUGCUGAUUUGAUGAGUGUGACUGAGGAGCCUCUGAACGAAACCCAAAUUGCAUAUAUAUGCAGAGAGGCUUUAAAGGGCCUUGCUUACUUGCACUCGAUUUUUAAGGUCCAUAGAGACAUAAAGGGGGGGAACAUAUUACUUACUGAGCAAGGAGAGGUAAAGCUGGGUGAUUUUGGUGUAGCUGCCCAGCUUACCAGGACCAUGUCAAAACGUAACACGUUUAUCGGGACACCACAUUGGAUGGCACCAGAAGUUAUUCAAGAAAGUCGCUAUGAUGGAAAGGUAGAUGUGUGGGCGCUUGGUGUUUCUGCGAUUGAAAUGGCAGAGAGACUUCCGCCCCGAUCCUCUGUGCAUCCGAUGAGAGUGCUAUUCAUGAUAUCUAGGGAGCCAGCUCCAAUGCUUGAGGAUAAAGAGAAGUGGUCUCUACUUUUUCAUGAUUUUAUUGCAAAAUGCUUGACCAAAGAUCCACGUCUGCGUCCUCCUGCUACUGAAAUGUUGAAGCACAAAUUUAUCGAAAGGGGUCACUGGGGAGCUUCAAAGAUGCUGCCAAUGAUCAAAAGGGCUCGGCAGAUUAGGUCAGCAAUGGCCGCCCAACCCCAAGCCCAAGUCCAAGCCCAAGCCCAGGCAGCAACGAUUGAUAAAUCAACAAUUAUAAAUAGAAGUUACGGAGACACUGUUCCUUCAAAACCUCAAAAAACUCCUGAAGCGGUACAUAAAGUCCCUGAAGGCUGUGAUUCGAGUCAAUUAACCAAUUACACUGAACUGGGUUCUGCAAAAAACAUCGGUGACUAUGGAACUGUAGUUGUUCAUUCUGAAGGAGGAUCCUCUCAGGAUUCUAACAAACAGGACAUUUCACUUGAUCAAAGUGAUAGCAGAAGAGUUUUGAAGCAUGAUUUUGGAGGAAAGUCCACACAAAUGUGGGUGGAAAAUUCAACAGGUACCAUUGUUGGUAGGCAGCCAGACACAUUACAGAUAUAUGAUAGCCAAUCAACACAAGAUUCGUCACCUUCUUAUUUUGGAAUGCCCGGGCAGAAGCCAGAUACAGGCAAUGCUUCUCAGGUGAACGGCACUAUCACCAAUGCUGCAGCCGUUAGUACAUUUAAGGCUGCUACCAUUGGCCGGAAAGGUCUUUCAAUACAAGAUAAACUAUGGUCCAUCUGUGCUGCUGGUAAUACUGUACCCAUACCUUUCCUCAAGGCAAUUGACAUUUCCCCUUUAGCUUUGGUAUCUGACAACAUAGUUGAGGAUAGAGUUUCAGGAGUAAGUGGUAGUACUGCUUUAGAAGCGGUAAAAGAACUUUGUAGUGGUGAUGGGCAGAUGAAGAAAGGAAGAAGAGGAACAAACGAGGUGUCACUUCCACCUGGGGUUUAUCAAAGGUUGACCACAAGUCCAACAUUAAUGAAUUUAGCCCAAGCUUUAGCAUACCACAAAACAUGCUAUGAAGACAUGCCUCUUCAAGAGCUUCAGGCAGCACAAGAGCAACAGACAAUUCAAAACAUAUGUGAUACCCUCAGAACCAUCUUACGGUUAUAGGUAUUUAUUAAUCGAGUAGAGGAACCAGGCAGCUUGGAAAGAGCGCAAGGUAAGGCAUCCAUGUAAGCCCUUUUGGCUCUUUCUUUUCUGUGCUUUUUGGGGAACGUAAAUAGGCAUAUGAUUGAUAAACUCAUUCCUAAUCAUAUUAUCUAAGUGAAUUACUGAGUCCUUGUUUAUGCCACGAUCCACCUGGAUUUUUUUUUUCUUGAAUACAAUAAUCUGUAGCUUAACCAAGACUUGCUUUGUAUAUGUAUUUCUAAUUUUUUGUACCCA